AUGCAGGCAGAGGUGCUGAACCGAGAUUCAAAGGGACAAGAUGGCAGGAAAAGCUGGCAGCUUCAGGGUCCAAAAGGUGUUACAGCUCCUCACCUUUGCCAGAUCUUCAAGGUCACCUUUGUUAAGCUGAUUAAGGCUUCGGUUGACGAGCUGAGGGCUGUGAACAGCACGCGCCAGAUGCAUCCACACAGAAAACGAACCAUGUUCACUGAGAAGCAGCUGAAAGCUUUGAACGUCUUGUUCAAUGAGAACCCAUAUCCAAACCCCAGCCUUCAGAGAGAGAUGGCCUCAAAAAUCGACGUACAUCCAACAGUACUGCAGGUUUGGUUCAAGAACCAUAGAGCAAAACUGAAGAAAGCAAAAUGCAAGAAUGUUCAGCAAAAACAAGGAGCUCAAGAGCGACAGACACCUGAGGGCGGAGUCAAGGCCAGUCCCAGCCAGAGAAAUACGGAAAUACAGCCCAGAUCCGCGACCGCCGCCUACCCUGCGGCCCUCAUUUACACGGGGCUCCAGGCACCCUCGUACCAACUCAGCCUGUACCCCACCAUCAGGGUCCCUACAGAUGUCUUCUUUGGCCACAGAAUAGUCCAUUUUGGCUGCUGCCAAGACCCUAACAUUUACUCCCUCUAUCCUAUUGUGGAGUCCCAGGUUGGUUCUCCACGCUUCGGUCCUCACGUUUUUGGCUGUUCACUUCUACAAAGCAGGGACAGACACGAGCCCUAA